AUGGUCCCGUGGAAUCAGAUAUUUGCUCAAGCACUUGGUUUCCGUAUGAACUGGGACGAUCCCCCGGAUUCUUUCCACCCCUAUCACCACUUUACUAGAAGAAGCUUCUACAAUAACAUGGAAGUAUUAUUAGAUAGUAACGGUUUGAACGGCUUUCACUGUGUUCGUCGUGCUAUCUGCGAAGCAAACAUGAUUUCUGAGCCCAAAGAAAUAUAUUUUAUGAUAUUGAAGCAAAUAUUCAGCAAGUCCACGUCUGCCACGCAAAAAUGGCACAACUACACAACAGAUAACUGCGAUAUAUCCAUCGCGUCUUGCCCAGUCUCAGUGUUGCUCAUAUCACCGUAUACCGAUUUAUAG